CGAAGGGGGGGAAGGCGGGCUAAAAGCUGACGGCAGCCGCCCGCGCCAGCGCUUCUUCUUCACCCGGGGCACCCGGUUGGAGUCGCUUCGCGGGCGCGCGUCGCACUAGCUGGGGUGCGGGUGCUUUUUCCGUUCCCGCCAGUGGCAUCGAGACUUUCCAACCAUGAGUAAUCCUUUUUCACAUCUUGAGGAGCCGCUGGACCCCAGCCAGCCAACUAAAAAAUUCUUCAAUUUGAGACGUUUGGAAGACCCACGAUACGGACGGUUACCAUUUUCCAUCAGAGUGCUGCUGGAGGCUGCUGUUCGCAAUUGCGAUGAGUUCCUGGUGAAGAAGAAUGAUGUUGAAAAUAUCCUCAACUGGGAUGUAACACAGCACAAGAACAUUGAAGUGCCAUUCAGACCUGCCCGAGUUAUUCUGCAAGACCUGACUGGUGUCCCUGCAGUGGUUGAUUUUGCUGCUAUGCGUGAUGCUGUGAAGGCCCUAGAAGGAGACCCAGAAAAAAUCAACCCAGUCUGUCCUGCUGAUUUAGUGAUUGAUCAUUCCAUCCAAGUUGACUUUAAUAAAAGGCCAGACAGUUUACAGAAGAAUCAAGAUCUGGAGUUUGAAAGAAAUAGAGAAAGAUUUGAGUUCUUAAAGUGGGGUUCCCGAGCCUUCCAGAACAUGAGGAUUAUUCCCCCUGGCUCUGGGAUUGUUCAUCAAGUGAAUUUGGAGUACUUGGCAAGAGUCGUGGAUGAUCAAAAUGGGUACUACUAUCCAGACAGUGUAGUGGGCACUGAUUCCCAUACCACCAUGAUUAAUGGUUUAGGAGUGCUUGGCUGGGGUGUGGGUGGCAUUGAAGCUGAAGCUGUGAUGCUAGGGCAGCCCAUCAGCAUGAUGCUUCCUGAAGUGAUUGGUUACAAGCUCAUCGGAAGUCCCCAGCAGCUUGUCACCUCCACCGACAUUGUACUCACAGUUACCAAGCAUCUCCGCCAAGUUGGGGUUGUGGGCAAAUUUGUAGAGUUCUUUGGGCCUGGGGUUGCUCAGCUGUCCAUUGCAGAUCGUGCCACCAUUUCCAACAUGUGCCCGGAGUAUGGAGCGACUGCAGCUUUCUUCCCAGUUGAUGAAGUUAGCAUCACGUAUCUGGUGCAAACAGGCCGUGAUCCAGAAAAAAUUAAACAUAUAAGAAAAUACCUUGAAGCUUCAGCAAUGUUCAGAGAUUUCAGUAACUCAGCUCAGGAUCCCAGUUUUACCCAGAUUGUGGAGUUGGAUCUGCAAACGGUUGUGCCAUGCUGCAGUGGCCCUAAAAGACCGCAGGACAAGGUUGCUGUUUCUGACAUGAAAAAGGAUUUUGAAACCUGCUUGGGAGCUAAGCAAGGGUUUAAAGGUUUCCAGAUUGCACCUGAACAUCAUAACGACCAGGCAAAAUUUGUUUAUAAUGACCAAGAGUUUGAGCUCACACAUGGGUCAGUUGUAAUUGCUGCCAUCACCAGCUGUACCAACACAAGUAAUCCUUCUGUUAUGUUAGGAGCUGGAUUGCUUGCAAAGAAAGCUGUUGAAGCUGGCCUGACAGUGAAGCCAUACAUUAAAACUAGCCUGUCUCCAGGAAGUGGAGUAGUCACAUACUAUCUGCGGGAGAGUGGAGUUAUGCCUUAUCUAGCUCAACUAGGGUUUGAUGUGGUUGGUUACGGAUGUAUGACAUGCAUUGGUAACAGUGGACCUCUACCAGAGUGUGUUGUGGAAGCCAUUACGCAGGGUGAUCUCAUCGCUGUGGGCAUACUCUCCGGAAACAGAAAUUUUGAGGGUCGCGUCCAUCCAAACACACGUGCAAAUUACUUGGCUUCCCCCCCUCUGGUUAUAGCCUAUGCUAUUGCUGGGACCAUAAGGAUUGACUUUGAGAGGGAACCACUAGGUAUAAACGCACAAGGAAAGAAGAUAUUUCUAAAAGACGUUUGGCCCACAAGAGACGAGAUCCAGGCUGUGGAGCGUCAGUAUGUCAUCCCAGGGAUGUUUAAAGAAGUGUACCAGAAAAUAGAGACGGUGAACAAAUCUUGGAAUGAGUUAGCUGUUCCAUCAGAAAAGUUAUACGCUUGGAAUCCAAAAUCAACCUAUAUUAAAUCUCCUCCAUUUUUUGAGAAUCUGACUUUGGAACUUCAGCCCCCUAAAUCCAUAGUUGAUGCCUACGUGCUGCUCAAUCUUGGUGAUUCUGUAACCACUGAUCAUAUAUCUCCUGCUGGGAAUAUAGCCAGGAAUAGCCCAGCUGCUCGUUACUUAACCAGUAGAGGCCUCACUCCGCGAGAGUUCAACUCUUACGGCUCACGUCGGGGCAAUGACGCUGUCAUGGCAAGAGGCACCUUUGCGAAUAUACGCUUAUUCAACAAGUUUCUGAACAAGCAGGCCCCGCAAACCGUCCACUUCCCAUCUGGUGAAACCCUCGAUGUGUUUGAUGCUUCGGAGAGGUACCAGCAAGAAGGCCACCCACUCAUUGUGCUGGCUGGGAAGGAGUAUGGCUCCGGAAGCUCCCGGGACUGGGCUGCCAAGGGCCCUUUUCUGCUGGGCAUCAGGGCAGUCCUUGCUGAGAGCUAUGAGCGGAUUCAUCGCAGCAACCUGGUGGGAAUGGGUGUGAUUCCUCUGCAGUAUUUGCCUGGUGAAAAUGCUGAAAGUCUUGGGCUGACAGGGCAGGAACGUUACACAAUCCUCUUUCCUCAGGAGUUGGUGCCCAGAAUGACCGUCCAGAUCAAGGUGGAUACCGGGAAAACCUUCCAAGCGAUCAUGAUGUUUGAUACAGACGUGGAACUCACGUACUUCCAUAACGGUGGCAUCUUGAACUAUAUGAUUCGCAAAAUGGCAUCCUAGUCCUAAAAUGUGCCAGUGUCUAGUUUAUUGUGAAACCUGCCUUUUUGUUAUGAGAAUGCACAGUAAUUAUGGAAAACUGUCUGUUGUGUAUGAAAUUUAAAGUGAACAAAGUAUGUCUGGGUUGCAUUACUGAAGUGUCUGUUUACACAGUUAGAAGGUGAGCCUAGGCACCUUGCCAUCUCUGUGUAUGUGUCUUAACACAUCCUGCCUUUGUUACCUUAUUUUAUCCGUCUGUUGUGUAUGAGUAGAUGGAGUGAGAAACGUUGAUCGACAGAAUGCUGCAAUAAGUAAAAUCCAGCCAUUGUGAUUUUUCCCGUGUUUUAUAUCCAACAACUGACAAGCUUUUCUGAUCUGUCUGAGAGAUUAAUAGUCAAUAACCAUUCUUUGUUGUAAAUCAGUUAAGACUCCUUCCUUAAAAAUCUAAUACUGCUAAAAUGAUUAAAUGACUUGGCACUUCUGACCUAAGAAGUUGGACA